AAGUGCAAGAUGAUUGUGGACAGUAAAGGAGAGCUACCGGUGGCAAUGCCUCAUGUUUCAGACGAAGAAGAUGAUGGGAAACCCUUUGGAGGAUCAGCUCUUCGAGAACAAAAAGCCAUCAGCUUCAGCAUCAAUAACACGACAGUACGUCCAGCAUUGCGUAGUGAUGCAGGCAUGGCCAAGGAGUUUCCUGUGUCUUCAGGGUCCCAACAUCGUAAGAAGGAAGGUGAGUCACUGGGUGCCUAUGGAGAAUGGGUUCCAGUUGACAAAACAGCAGACAAAGCUGCAGCUGCAUCCAGAAAGGCCCUGACCAGUAUUCCCAUAGCAACAGCCACCUUAGCAUCAGGUGAAACGGCGACAGCAGCACGUUUAUCAGACGUUGCCGAACAGCCUGCAUUUGGGGGAGAUAAUGACAGAGUUUUUCCUGACCCACUACUGCAGCCAGUAGAUAUCACUCAGGCUGUAACUGAGAGAAUCAAGGCUCAGAGGCGAUUGGCUGAGAACCCCUAUGAUGUCAGUGCUAUCUGCAUGCUCAGCCGGGCACAAGAGCAGGUACAAUGCACAUAUUUUAAGGAUUAUUGUAAUUCAAUUCAAUUCAAUUCAAUUUUAUUUGUAUAGCGCCAAUUCAUAACAGAAGUUAUCUCAGGACCACUUUUCAAAUAGAGCAG